AUGACCACCAACAGAUACAACAUCAUCAUCAUCGGCGCCGGCAUCGCCGGUCUAGCAGCCGCAAUAUCCCUCCGCACCCGCACCCGAACAAUCCUCCUCCUCGAACAAUCCCCCCUAAACACCGAAAUCGGCGCCACCAUCUCCCUCCAACCCAACGCCUCCAAAAUCGUCCUCCAGAGAUGGAACCUCGCAUCCCUCCUCGCCCCACACUCCAUGACCGACACCGCCUUCGAAGUAUACAAUCUCGCCGGGGAACUAAAAACCCAUGUCCCUCUUUCCUCAUCAAAAGAGAAAUACGGCGCCGAGAGAAUGAUCUAUCAUCGACAGGAUCUGCACUCCGUGCUGAAACACCGGACCACGGCACAGGAGUACCCAGGGGAUCCAGCAACACUCUGGACUGGGAGGAGAGUGGUCAGUGUGAACUGCGAAGAAGGGAUUGUGGAGAUGGAAAGCGGGGAGAAGGUAUAUGGGGAUUUGAUUAUCGGGGCGGAUGGGAUUAAAUCUGUUGUUAGGGGGUGUGUGCUUGGGCGGGAGGUACAGGCCAGAACCACCGGGUGGAGUGCGUAUCGGAUGAUGGUUGAUAUGGAGGAUUUGGUUCGGAAUGAGGGGUUUGUGGGGGUUGUUGAUCCGCGGGUGUGUCAGACGGUGAUGGUUGUGGGGGAUGGAAGGAGGAGGAUUAUUAUGGGUCCGGCUAGGGGGGGGAAGGUGUAUAGUGUUGUUGCGUUGGUUGCGGAUGAGAAGGGGGAGGUGAGGAAGGGGACGAGUUGGGUGACCGCUGGGGAUCGGGGGAUGAUGUUGGAUACGUUUGGGGAUUUUCCGGAGUGGGCGACGGCGCCGUUGCGGUUGGCGCGGGGGAGGGGGAGGGUUAUUUUGAUUGGGGAUGCCGCGCAUGCGAUGUUGCCGACGCAGGGGCAGGGUGGGAGUCAGGCGAUUGAGGAUGCGGAGGCGUUGGGGGCGUUUUUUGAGGGGUUUGAGGCGGGGAGGUGGAGGAGGGAGGAUGUUGAGAGGGUCAAUCGGGAGGUGUUUGAGUGUCGGUUUACUAGGGCGAGUACGAUCCAGGAGUAUAGUCGGUUGGCUGGGGGAGAGGAGGACGGGGCAAAGGUGGCCAUGAAUCCGAGGGAGUUUAUGGAUUAUAAUUGUUUGUAUGAGGGGGCGGUGGAGUGGAGGAGGAGGCAGGGUGUGGUUCAUGCUUAA